ACCCCGCCCCCCGCCUCCUGUAAUUCUUGCCAGGGGACGUUUUGACGGCUUCUACGUGAUUUGUGGUGGGUCGCUUGAAGGACUAAAACCGUAACCUUAGUUUCCACAAUGGCAGCAAUAUUCCGCUCCGUGCUGAAAAAGAAGACAUCCUCCGUGCAGCUGGGCCGUAUGUGCUACUCCUCUGUGCCCACCACCAAGCUCUUCAUUGAUGGAAAAUUUGUAGAGUCCAACACAUCGGAAUGGCUCGACAUCCACAACCCUGCCACUAAUGAUGUGGUGGGCCGUGUCCCCAAAGCCACCCAGUCAGAAAUGCUGGCCGCCGUGGAGUCCUGUUCCCGCACGUUCCACUCCUGGUCGGAGACGUCCAUCCUGAGCCGCCAGCAGAUCUUCCUGCGCUACCAGCAGCUCAUCAAAGACAACAUUAAAGAGUUGGCUAAGAUGAUCACGUUGGAGCAAGGCAAGACGCUGGCAGAUGCUGAAGGCGAUGUAUUCCGAGGACUGCAGGUGGUGGAGCACGCCUGCAGCAUCACGUCGCUGAUGCUGGGCGAGACGCUGCCGUCCAUCACCAAGGACAUGGACACGUACACCUACCGCCUGCCCAUCGGCGUGUGCGCCGGCAUUGCUCCCUUCAACUUCCCCGCCAUGAUCCCGCUGUGGAUGUUCCCCAUCGGCAUGGUGUGCGGCAACACCUACCUGAUGAAGCCGUCGGAGCGCGUCCCCGGAUGCACCAUGCUGCUGGCCAAGAUGCUGCAGGACGCCGGAGCGCCCGACGGCACUCUCAACAUCAUCCACGGCCAGCACGCGGCCGUCAACUUCAUCUGCGACCAUCCCGCCAUCAAAGCCAUCAGCUUUGUGGGAUCCAACCAGGCGGGAGAGUACAUCUAUGAAAGAGGCUCCAAGAACGGGAAGAGGGUGCAGUCCAACAUGGGUGCCAAAAACCACGGCGUGGUGAUGCCGGACGCCAACAAGGAGAACACCAUCAACCAGCUGGUGGGCGCCGCUUUCGGAGCGGCCGGCCAGCGCUGCAUGGCUCUCUCCACCGCCAUCUUUGUGGGCGAGUCUCGCGAGUGGCUCCCGGAGCUGGUGGAGCGCUCCAAAUCGCUGCGCGUCAACGCAGGCGAUCAGCCCGGCGCGGACGUGGGCCCGCUCAUCUCUCCCGAGGCCAAGGCCCGCGUGGAGUCCCUGAUCCAGAGCGGCGUCAACGAAGGCGCCAAGCUGCUGCUGGACGGCAGAAACGUCAACGUCAAAGGAUAUGAGAACGGCAAUUUUGUGGGACCCACCAUCUUGGGCAGCGUAACGCCGGACAUGACAUGCUACAAGGAAGAGAUUUUUGGACCGGUGUUGGUCGUGCUGGGGGCUGACAACCUAGAUGACGCCAUCUCCAUGAUCAACAACAACCCCUUCGGCAACGGCACGGCCAUAUUCACCUCCAACGGGGCCACGGCGCGCAAAUAUACGCACGAGGUGGACGUGGGCCAGAUUGGCGUGAAUGUUCCCAUUCCUGUGCCCCUGCCCAUGUUCUCUUUCACCGGCUCCAGGGGCUCCUUCAGGGGAGACACUAACUUCUACGGCAAACAGGGUAUCCAGUUUUACACACAGAUCAAGACCGUGACGUCGCAGUGGAAAGCCGAGGACGCCACCGUGACCAGCCCGGCGGUCACCAUGCCGACCAUGGGACGCUAAACCUCCAGCGCUACCUUCAGUGACUUUGACAUGUGCCUUAAAAAACAUGACGGAGAAAUGGAGGACGGAUGCUCUUUUCUUUUUUUUUUUUUAAACAGAAAAUUUAUUUCGUUGGUGGGUUUUUAAAAAGCUGGGAAACAAACAGGUCAUCAUCCGCGCUCCUCCUGCGGACAAAGUGUUGUCGGGCCUCAUCGAUAUUGCAUUGACAAGUUAGAUCCUUUUCGUGAUGUCUGCUGUCGUUCCUUUUAAGCCUGAAGGUGCAAUAAAAUCAAGAUUAACCUCCAAGCAGUCACAUCAGACGUCUUCCGCCAACCAGAGCUUCCCAGCACACGCAUCAAAUGAUACAGGUGUAUGCUGAUUUAUGGUCCCAUACUAAAUGUGAUGACACACUUUCAUCUGUGAUGCUUUCUAUAUUCCCUGUGUCAAUGUUGUCUGCUCUGUGUCAGAUUGAAGUUUAAUGCCAAUAAACUGCCGAGGUUUAUUUG